CUACCCUCGCUCGCAUAAUCGCUCGCGCGGGCCGCCUCAUCGGACGUGCCGUAUUUUAUUUUACCGCGUUUUGUUUCCCUUUCGUUCUUUCCGUUUAUGAUUUAAAGCCACCAUGUCGAAGGGCGACACCGAACAACAGAACGGCUCCGGCGAGGAGUCCAAGACGAACCUGAUCAUCAACUAUCUGCCCCAGAGCAUGACGCAGGAGGAAAUCAGGAGUCUCUUCUCCAGCAUCGGCGAGGUGGAGUCGUGCAAGCUGAUACGCAACAAGGGGGCGGCGUUCCCGGACGCGCUCAACCAUGCGCUGCACGGCGGCGGCCAGAGCCUCGGCUACGCCUUCGUCAACUACCACCGCCCGGAAGACGCAGAGAAGGCGAUCGCCACUCUCAAUGGCCUCCGCCUACAGAACAAGACUAUCAAGGUAUCGUACGCUCGGCCCAGCAGCGAGGCCAUCAAAGGCGCCAACCUAUACGUAUCGGGGCUGCCAAAGACAAUGACACAAUCAGAACUAGAGCGGCUGUUUAGCCCGUACGGCCGCAUUAUCACAUCGAGAAUACUCUGCGAGAAUUCUGGCGGAAGACCGUUCACUGGAGGAGAACAAGGCCUAUCUAAAGGCGUGGGAUUCAUCAGAUUCGACCAGCGUGUCGAAGCGGAACGCGCUAUUCAGGAGCUGAACGGAACAGUGCCAAAAGGAGCAUCGGAACCGAUCACAGUGAAGUUCGCCAACAACCCGAGCAACAACGGCAAGGCGCUGGCCCCGUUGGCCGCGUACCUGCCGGCCGCGCUGCGCUUCCCCGCCCCGCUCGGCCGCUUCAGCUCAGGCAAGUCUCUACUCGCUAUAAACAAAGGCCUGCAGCGGUACAGCCCGCUGGCCGGCGAGCUGCUCGGCGGCGUGUUGCCGGGCGCCGUGGGCUCCGAGUGGUGCAUUUUUGUUUACAACCUAGCCCCGGAAACAGAGGAGAAUGUGCUCUGGCAACUGUUUGGACCCUUCGGUGCCGUCCAGAGCGUGAAAGUGAUACGCGACCUGCAGACCAACAAGUGCAAAGGCUACGGGUUCAUCACGAUGACGAAUUACGACGAAGCCGUCGUCGCCAUACAGUCCCUGAACGGGUACACGCUCGGAAACAGAGUACUGCAGGUCAGUUUCAAGACGAACAAAAUCAAGACGAUCUAAAUCGUCGAGACACGGCCUAGCCGGCGCUAGGACGGCACUGCAGGCGCGCACCCAUACAUACAUAGUACAGGCCCAGCCACGACACAGCACUCUUCAACGUGUCUUCCUGAAUAGACGACCCCAGCGGUCAUUUUGUAUGUUAUUUGUAAAGUGUAAUCGAUUAAGCUCAUCGGCUCUUUGUUCGACGAUCGCCAUUUUCCUCGAGAGAAACUGGGUUAAGUGUUACGGAAAUCAAAAUGGCGGAGCGCUUCUGCGCAGGUCCGGACGAAAUGGCGGCCGCUGAAUGGAGACGGAGCGCGCAAUAAUAAGUUAAGGUGUGCAUCAAAUGCUAAUCGGACAACCAAACAUAUUAAAUAGUCAAUAACAUUGUGACAAUCGACUUCGCUUAUGAAAGGUUGUGGUUAUCGAGAAAUAGUUUUCGAUUAUAAAUAAAAUAAUUAGCAAUAAUAGCUCUAUGCUAUGCUCCAUUUUAGGCGUCAUAUCUUAACUUCAGUCACGAAUCAAAUUUGCCAAAAUAUUUCGACACGGCGUAGGUCUGUCGCUCUCUGUAACAACGGUUCGGCCGUCCGCCUCCGCGAGGCGAGCAUUAAAUAGUGUUAUUGUUAAAGAUUGGAAAAUAUAUAUUAUCUAUACGUAUAUUUUAAUCAUAUAUUAAUCUAAUUAAGGAUGAGAACUAAUCAAAAACUGUGAUAGGUUUUGAUAAAAUUUUAAAAAUAAACUUGAAAGAUCACGGGAUGAGCUGACGGCGUCGGUUUACCAUCCUCAGCAAGUCGCGUGGCAUGCGUGCGAGCACCAGCGGGCCCGAGCGUUCACCGGCGGAGUAGGUUAAGUAGUUUUUGAAAAGUUUUGCGAUGUCUACAAUCAGAUGCAAGGUGACAAUCGGUACACGCAAUCCCAGGAAGACGGGAAAAUCGAUUCAGCUGUUCGCUCGGGGGCCGGGCGGGCGGCGGAGGGCGGAGCUCGAGCCCCGCGCAGCUA